AUGCAAAAAGACGUGGUUUUUGAACUUUCACGAGCAAGGGACGUCCAAGAAAUCAAACAGUAUACAGACGACGAAUAUGGGGCCGGGUUUCCAAAUGAAGAAACGAAGCUUUUAGAACGUCUUUCAAGAAUACAAAAUUACAAAAUUGUUUUAAUCAUCGAACUCAAACAAAUCAACGUCCAGAACAUCGAAACUCUCAGGCAAAAAAUGUGGCACAUUGCAAGUAACAAAAGAGAAUCAGCCGAAGUUGAAAUCGUUUUUUACAAAAAUAGUAGCGUGUUUCAGUUUGUAAACACGAAAGAAACACCAAAUAUUUUCAAAACAAAUAUAGAACAAUUCGACCUGAACAACAAACUCGACUUCUCCAAAUUUUACUCAACAAUGUCCACCCCCACGCGGCCACCAAUUAACGUCGGUCCUCUCAUCCACUUUUUGUACGAAACGUACCCAGAGGGAAAAAUGAAAACCGUGUUUGUACAUUUCUGUCUCUCUGACUGCACCUGCAAAGACGAGAAUAACUGUUUUAAAGAGGGGUAUGAAUAUUUAAGACUCCUGUUUGGUCCUGUCAAAAUUCCAUUUCCUCCUGGAACUUACGUGGAAAACUUUUUAAAUUUACCGAACUGCCUUUUCACGAGAUUUUUGCGAGCGGAGGUAAGCUUGGAUGAAACCAAUUUUUGUUGCACGCUUAAAGAUAGUCAAAAAAUGAAGCGCGGGGUUGAAGAAAAAAAAUGUAUCACACACCACGGGUUUUUUGUCGAAUUUAAGCAGAAUCACACACAACAUCCCUCUGUGGGCAUAGUCAGUGCGGGAGAAAUCAAUUUCCCAUCCGCUCCAUUUGGCGACGGAAGUGUGAGAGUCGCGUACGACGGCUACACGGACAAACGAGAGAAGGUUGUAAUCAAGCAGUUUAAAUCAAAAGACAUGCUUUCGUUUGAGUCGUACGUCGACAUGGUUGGCCUCCACUUUGUGUGUCAAGAUCUUGCCGAUUUGUUUGCGAGUUACUGUGAGAUCAUAAAGUCGGGCCGUAAUCCAAAUGACAUCACAAUAGAUGACUUGUGGAGUAACGUCUCUAACAAUGCCACCCCAGUAACUGAAAAUUCCCAACUUUUUUCAGAGCUUAAAUGUUCCGCCGUUCCGUCCUUAUCUCAAAGUGACAUCCAGUCGACUUCUCCAAAUAUCUUAGGUGAUGCGGGUGUAAUUGAUAAGAUCAAACGAAUACAAUGCAUUCCGUUACGCCUGUUUGUUGAGACGGAACGAGAUGAUGAAAUCCGCAAGAUUUACGGGAAAGAAUAUUCGGUUGAAGACAUUCGCUCACUCUCUCAAUCUCACAAGAUUUAUUUUGUCGAAACGCCACUAGAAGAUGAGUUCAUAAAAUUCAACACAAAUGGGAGUGGUGUCAAUUACCAAAAGUAUUCCACAACACUCCAGUGUUUCUCCCAUUUUUCGUUCUUUGUCUCAUCCAAGCAGUUCGUUGUCACCGACCUUCAAGGUGUCUUUUCCGAGAAGGAGAAUGCAUAUAUACUGACCGACCCCUCCUUUCACCACCAAAACAUCUCUGCGUUCUAUUAUACGCUCACCAAUCUCGGAAGUAAAGGGAUUGACCAAUUCUUUAAGUCUCACAAGUGCAAUGCAGCGUGUCUUGCACUUGGCCUUCCUCCUCAUGAAGAGCAGAGAGACUAA